AAACAAGCCACAACUGAUCGGACGCUUCCCAUAAACAAAAGGAUUAUGUAGCGGCGACUGCGCGACCUGCAGCACUAAGACUGAAACCAUCACUGCAAAACCAGAGCAAAGAAUAACGCCGCAUGAUCCGAACUAAUCCGACCGGUUUUGUGAAACGGUUCAACUGAUUCAUUGAACAGUCUCGACUCAAUAGAACGAAUCGUUCAUGAAUCGAACAUUGCUAGCGGAAACAGCUGGGAGCAUGUGUGAGCUGUUCUGGAGUCUCACGCCUUCAAGUGUGGCAUAUUGUGCCUGAAAAACAAAAAAUGUAGCGUCCCUGGGUUGACCGAGAACCUGGUUUGGGGUCUGUGGGCCAGUAAAGUAUUUCUGCUUUCUUGAGGGAUGUCCUGCUCUGCUCUCGGUCGACGGCUGGUUGCAUGUCUCCUGAACAUCUCAGAAGCUCGGAGAAGAGACCUGGUGGAGACUGUGGCUAGAUCAGCCAUCACUGACACACAUGGAAAAAAGCGUGAAGGCAUCACAGUGCUAAACAUCUUCAAUGAUGUUGACUACAACCGCUCUGUCAUCACUAUUGUUGCAAGCAUUGACCUAAUAAGGGAGGCUGUACUGUCGGCUUGUGAGCGUGCAUGCUCUCUGAUUGACAUGAAUGUCCAUGAGGGCAUCCACCCAUGCAUGGGUGCAGUGGAUCUAGUGCCUCUCUAUCCACUGGGGGAGGAGGUGGGCCUUGAGGAUUGUGGAAGAGAGGCCCAGGCAUUAGCCACGGCUCUAACGGAACGAGUCACAGGUACCAGUGUCUUUUUGUUUGGCUGGGCUGAUACUCCUCAGCAUCGAGGUCUGGCUAAGAGGAGAAAGGAGAUUAGCUGGUUCAAAAAGGUCUUGGAUAUGUCAACCAUCCAGCCAGAUGUAGGUCCACAGCCCACAAGGAAAUAUGGUGUUACGGGUGUUGGAGCCAGCCCCUAUGUUAUGAACUGUAACGUGACCAUUGAAACCCAGGAUCUGGCUGUGGGCCGAAUCGUGGCUUCAGCAAUCCGUGAAUCCAGUCCUGGCGGUAUCCCUGGAGUUCAGGUCAUGGCUCUACCACAUGAAGGUGCUGUGGAGAUCGCUUGUAAUGUAGAGAGUGUUCAAGGUGGUCCUCCAUCUUCAUCUUAUGGUGAGGAAAAAUGGCCAAGCUUUACCGUUGGAGGGCAAAACUUUUGCCAUGCUCCAGCCUCACUAAUCACAGCACGAGUAGCAGAACUGGCUAGACACCAUGGUGUGGCCAUCAAGGGUACGGCCCUGGUGGGCUUUACCCCACAUGAGUGCCAGAGACUGGCAGUGGGAGCACUCUCAAAUGGCAUUGGAGAGUUCUGGAAAGAGCUGCAGCGUGUGCACAUGUGAACAAGCCAAAAGCUUUCACCUCUGUGCUAAAUUGCAGACUAAUCAAGGGUUAAUUAGAGGGCAUCGAUUCAGCCAUCAACAACUUACCUGUUUGUUUACAAGAACAGUGCUUAAAGGUAUAUUUCAGCCAAAAAUGACAAAUCUUUCAUUAUUUACUCGCCCUCAUGUCACUCCCAACGCCUAUAUGUCUUAUUGUCCUUCUGUGGAACACAAAAAAGAAUUUUAGGAACAAUGGUAACCAUAAACUUACAU